CGCUAGUUCUAUCAAGCUCAAAACCACUCAAAUAUGGCUAAAGGAGGUCACUCGCAUAGGUCAACUCUUAAGAAUGACCACAAGCCGUUCAAAUCUAAGCAUUCGACCAAAGGUCAGUUGAAAAACCAAUUCAAAGGUAAAGUUGAAAAAUCCACCACUGGCACCAACAAAGCCCUCAAAACGUUGACAAAAACAGAAAGAAAGAAUUUAGCCAAACAAUUGAAGGACAACAAGAUCUUGGAGACCAAGUUGACGAGAAAAUUGUUCGAAGGCUCGAGUGGGGCAGAAAAGAUUGUUACUGUGAUUUCAUUAACUAAUGAUGUCUCACCUUCGGACAUCGCAGCCAGUUUGUUCAAUGUAGAUGAGGAUGAUCAAAUGCGUGAGUUUGCAUAUCCAUCGGUGCUGGAUGUGAGAGUGGCUCGUUUCAAGUCCAACUUAAAAGUUAUAGUUCCCGACCAAAACGAUUUCCUUGCCAUGUUGGAUGCAGCUCGAGUGUCUGAUUUUGUUGUAUUUGGCAUUUCAGCUACUCAAGAAGUCGAAAAGGAGUACGGAGAACAGAUAUUGAGAAGUUUGGUAGCCCAGGGUAUAGCAUCGGUUAUCGGAGUAUUGCCUAAUGUCGUCAGUGCCUACCCCAAGAGAAACUUGCAAAUGGACAUCAGACAAUCUUUGCAGUCGUACUUCACUCAUUUUUUCCCCAACGAAGACAAAUUGUAUGCUUUGGAAAACGAACCAGAGAACUUGAACUGUUUGAGAACUAUCUGCCAGAAAUUCCCCAAAUCGGUCACAUGGAGAGACUCCAGAGGCUGGUUAUUGGCUGAUUCUGCUUAUUGGUCAACCGAAGAUGCCACAAACGGUCACCUUGUCGUCGAGGGAACCACCAGAGGAGUUGGUUUCAAUGCAGACAGAUUGGUUCAUAUUCCAGGCUAUGGUGAUUUUCAAAUAGAUCGUAUAGAAAAGUUGAGUAGGGGUCACAAACUGGACUCAGACACUGGUUUUGUUCCCACUGAACAACAGGAAACACUUGAAGAGUUGAACCCAGAGGAAAUAGAUAUGGAAGACGAUUUCGGCGAUGAAUGGGACGACGGUAACGAUCUUGGGGUUAGAAUGGAUGGAAGAACGUACUUUGAAGAUGGCGACAACUUACCUAAGAGAAAGUUCAAGUUGCCCAAGGGAACAUCAGAAUACCAGGGAAGAUGGUUUGUUGACGAUGUUUUGGAAGACGCGUCAGACGUCGAAGAAGAUGAUGAAGAUGUAGAAAUUGCCCAAGAGGAAAUUAUCGAAGAGGAUAUGGCUGUGGAAGGUGCACCAACCGAAUAUGCUCCUACGGAAAUCGGAGACGACAUGCAUGUUGAUCUUUCGCCAGAAGAAGAAGAAAGACAGUUGAAGGAAUUCAGAGACAUAGAAAAAGAAGACUUAGAAUUUCCUGACGAAAUCGAGUUGCAUCCUUCCGAAUCAGGAAAGGAAAGAUUGAGUGCAUUUAGAGGUAUCAAGUCGUUGGCCAACUGUGACUGGGAUUAUGACGAACACGAUGUAGAAGCCCCAAGCAUCUGGAACAGAUUAUUGAGAAUAUCCAACUUCAAAGCUACCAAGAAUAAGAUCAACAAGGAAUACAUCAAACUGACUCAAGUAAACACAGGAAACAAGAUCAGAAUAUUCAUCAGGGCCCCUUCUUUGAUUUUAGAAACUAUCAACUGCAGUUCUACGCCGUUCUCGAUCUUCGAAUUGUCAGAACACGAACACAAGUUGGCUGUGUGUAACUUCUCGUUUGAAAGUUGGGAAGACUACGAGAAACCAGUUCCUACCAAGGAGUCCAUCAUUGUACAGUACGGUCCUAGAAGACAAGUCAUCCAGCCACUCUUUAACCAAGCAUCUAACAAUUCCAACAACGUUCACAAAUCUGAGAACUUCUGCCACAACGGUGACACGGUCAUUGCCACUGCUAUUGCCCCUGUACUUUUUAACAAUGCUCCAGUCAUCUACUUCAAACCAGCCACCGACGGAGCCAUUGAGUUUGUUGGUGUCGGUACCUUCUUGAAUUGUGACCACACCAGAAUCGUUGCUCAAAGAGCAGUCUUGACUGGCCACCCAGUUAAAAUUCACAAGAGAGUUGUUACAGUUCGUUAUAUGUUCUUCAACGCCGAAGACAUCAAUUGGUUCAAGGCUAUUCCUUUGUUCACCAAGUCAGGAAGAACUGGUUUUAUCAAGGAAAGUCUUGGUACUCACGGUUAUUUCAAGGCAAACUUCGAUGGUAAGUUGACUUCUCAAGACACUGUGGCCAUGAGCAUGUACAAGAGGGUCUGGCCGGAAGUGUCUACAGCUUGGACUAUUUAGUUCACCUUUGCAUAUAUAUUAGGAUAGACCUUAAUGAUUGUACAUUAGUAUUACG